AGGGGAUCAACUGUGGUGAUUCAAUGUGAAUAUCAUUACCCAAAGUCAUUCAAUGUGGAGUCGAUGAUGUGGAGCCGUAACUCAGAGGAUUGUACUGGAAAAUCAUAUGUCUGUCACAGUAAUAAUAUAAACAUCAAAGCUGAGUACAGAGGCAGAGCAGAGUGUUUGGGGGACAAAGUGAGGAACUGCAUGUUAAAGAUAAAUGACAUUACUGACACUGAUGCUGGAGUGUACAGAUUUAGGUUUACAAGUAAUGGGUGUGAACAGUGUGGUCAGCGUGGAGUAGCACUUCGUGUUGGUGAAUUAAAGGUUGUGAUAACUUCCUCUGCUGGAAGUAGAACAUUGACUGAAGGAGAUUCCGUGAAUCUGACAUGUGACACGGAGAGCUGCUCUCUCAGCCAAUCAGAAUUCACCUGGUUUAAGGACAACCAGCCAAUCACAGAGACACGGCCCACACUCCUUUUCAAUCCUGUCUCCUACCAUCACACUGGAAAAUACUCAUGUGCAUUAAAAGGAUAUAGAGGGACUUUGUCUAAUCCCAUCCUACUUCUUCUUCAAUCUAAAGGUAAUCCAACAACAGUAAUCCUAAUGGUUUUGGGAAUUCUGAUGUCUGUUUUACUUAUGAUAAUUUGCAUAAUAAGGAGGAAGAUUAAAUUACUGUGUAACAGAAGAGGUAACAGAGGAGAAAUUAAACAGAGCUGUCAUUCUGAUUCUGACAAUAUUACAUAUGCAGUUAUAGAUGUGAGUAAAAGGUCACCUGAGUAUAACACUCUGAUGACUGCGGCCAAUGACAGAGACCCUGCACUUCAGGAGUCACAUCCAGUUUAUAGAAAUAUGAUGAAGUGAGAGUGAUGAUAUCAGGGAUCAAACUGAAACUGUAGGCUAAAAACAGUGAGCAGGCAGUUAAGAAUUAUACUGUAUGUGAAUGUGUACAUUUCACAGACAUGAAAACUUUUAAUUUUGCUUUGUUGUAGAACACUGGUUACAUGUGUAACGAACUGCCAUAUAAAAUUGUUUUAGCUUAGCUUAAAUAUACAUUAGCUUACAUAUAUAAGGCAUAAUUUUACCUGAAAUUGCUACAUGUUUUUCCAUAAUUUCAACACAGUUUUCAUUCAGAUGGGUUGAUAAUUCAUAUGAAAAGUACCAAAAUGAUUAACUGAAUGAAAAUUCACAGUGGUAAUUGCGUUUAUUACCUAUUCAUUACAUUAAUAACAUGUUUUAUAACCAUUUUAACCUAUUACCCAUAUGUCCUUAACAAGUAAAACAAUCAGGGUGCCAUAGGCACUGUGUUAAUGCUUAUCCCUCUAGCAAAAGAAUAUCUUGCUAGAAGAAAGCUAAAAAAGAAGAAAAAAUUACUGUGGUCUAAUUGUAAUUAGUUAAGGAUUCUUAAUAGUUUUUUUUAUGGUAACAUGCAACUUUAUUCUACCAUUGUCUACCACUGAAACAGAAUGAAAGCAUGUCAUAAUAUUAUACAUCACUAUUUUAGAUAUCAUAUAAGAAAACAGCAGAGACUGAUUAAAUAUAUCAAGUCAAAUGAGCUCAGGGUGACCGAGAGGAAGAAACAGAGACCAAUAAACAGUGGGCUGCAUCCAGGAGUUACAGGGAGGGAAAAAAGGCCAGAGUUGACUGGCCUAGACUGGGUAAAGUUCCAAGAUGCCUGGGGUUAGUCCUCAAAGCUCUA